AGUCGCGUCGCGUUCAUCGAGUGAGUAGGAUUUCGUUGUGUCCCCAACACCGCAAUAAAUUCACAUUCACGACCCGGUUAUUUUAUUUAUUUUUUUUUUUAUACUAAAAACACUCUUUUCCCUCCCCCCUCCCGUUAAUUCCCUAUUUCUAGUUGUUUUUCGCCAACUUCCCUCAAAAAGUGAUAACUUCCAAUCCCCCACCUAGUGAUUUUGCUUCCAUUCGACGAAUUUUUAUUUUAAAAUUCCCUAUUUUUGAAAACAACUUUUUUAGUUCUCUUUAUGGAAAAAAAAUAGUGAAGUGUUGUGUAAAGAAAAAAAAUUCUCUAGUGAUUUCAGUGGUGCCUAGUGAUAUCAAAAAAGAAAAGAUAAUCUUAAGUGUUGAGAAAAGAAAAAAUUUGUAUGUUAUUUCGUCGUUACCCACGCGGUUUUUCGAGGGGCUAAAAAUAAACGGUCGCUUCCGCCGCAAAGGCAAACAAAUACAACAAGAAAAGAAGAAGAAGAAGUAGUUUCCUUGGGAAUUUUUUUUUUUUUUGUGUUCUUCACGAGAAAUUUUGAAAAAAAAGAAGAAACUAGACGAUCCGUCGGACGAACGGAGGUCGUUAGACGACAAUGAAAAGCAUGAUUGGCGGAAUUUGACCCUAGUGGAUUUUUUUUUUUUUUACUUUUUUUUUUUUAGUUUUUGGAAAAGAAAUAAAAAAAAUUGAUUCUAUAUUGGAUUUUAAAUAGUCAAAUUUUUCUUUAAUGAAAUUCGUCAACAAAAGAUGCAAUCAAACACGAUUCUUCGUGAAGUUGGUAACACUGAGAAGCUUAUGAACAACAAUAAUCUUAAUAAUAAUGGAUCGCCCGGCGCUGACAUAAUGUUUCAAAUGGAAGACGACGGACUCACGCAACUCGGAAGCGUGUUCCAGUCCGCAUAUCAAUCAAUCGUUGGAGGUGGUCCUCAGUAUGGCUCUGAUGAAUUCGGACAGGAUUCUCCGAGAUACACUUCACCAAAGGCUGCCGCACUUUACGCGGAUUCCUACUAUAUCGAUGGGAAUGCUGCGGGAACUGGUCCUGGGGAUCCUUGGACAGGCGGAGGCGGCGGAGUUCAACCACCCUACAGCGGAUAUGGCCCACCCCACCUGACCCAACCGGCGUAUCCUAUGCAUUUACCCCACGACCAAAUGGCUUACUCGGCAAUGUCGCCGAAUGGCGAACCACCGGCGCCAAUUCUUGGUUCAGCAGUGACGAGUGCACCGUCGUUGCCGCCAAUGUCGACGUUCCGUGGAAGUGGAGCGGUCGCAACGAACAGUGGAACUGGUACCGCAUCACCGGCAUCGUUGCAAUAUAGCCAUAGUCCCAGUGCACCGGCACCAGGUGCACCGUCUUCCGCACCCAGUGCACCCACCGCCAAUCAACCCUCCGCUGCCGAUAAUCUCGGCAAAACCCUUACAUCCGUUGUGAGCACACCCCGAAUCUACCCCACGGACCAAUCAGUAUCGAGUUAUAGCAGUAAUCCAUCAACGCCGGUGAGUUCGCCACCACCGUUGACGAGUUCGGGGCCCGGUUGGGCGCCCGGAGCUGCUCCGGUUUCACCUCAUUUUACGGCAGAUCCUAAUCGCGGGACGAUUCACAUGCCGGCGCCCGAACAGCAGAGGUUAGACGAUGCCAUUGGUUUCCUUCGCGACCACGCCGAGUUGGUACAGGGAACGCGGAUGGAGGAGCGACUGGACGAUGCCAUAAACGUUCUCAGGAAUCACGCCGAGAGUCAAAUUGCACUUCACCUCGCACCCGUAGGUCCACAUGGUUCCUUAUAUUCCCACACGUCACCGCAGCAACUCGAUCACUUGACGAGUCCACAUCCAACGGUGACAGUGGCGCAACCGGCGGGUUCUUAUCCAGGCCUUGCACCAACGCCCGACACCGACGGUUCUAUCAAAAUUGAGAGGCUACCCGCCACGAAUACCACAGAAUAUAUUUCUUUAGAAAAAAGAAAAGAGCCGGCAGACAGUAGUGGCGGCGAAACAAAACCCUCGAGCAGUGAAUUGUCAUCUGGAAUCAUUGGCGGAGCGACAGUCAAUUCCACCUCCCAAGGAAAAGGAACAAAGAGAUCGCGAAGAUAUUGUUCGAGCGCCGAUGAAGAUUGUGACGAUACUGACAACAAAGCGGUACGCGAAAAAGAGCGCCGCCAAGCCAACAACGUUCGCGAAAGUUCAAGCGCCGAAGACGAAGACGAUGAUCCUUCAACAAAGGCUCAGAGGGAAAAAGAAAGACGACAGACAAAUAAUGCUAGGGAAAGGAUACGUAUUAGAGAUAUAAAUGAAGCAUUGAAGGAGCUCGGCAGGAUGUGUAUGACGCACCUGAAGACGGAUAAACCUCAAACCAAACUAGGAAUUCUCAACAUGGCCGUCGAAGUCAUUAUGACAUUAGAGCAACAAGUCAGAGAACGAAAUCUUAAUCCAAAGGCAGCGUGCUUAAAAAGGAGAGAAGAAGAAAAAGCGGAAGAUGGACCGAAAUUACCGGGACAUCUGGCAGCGCAUAUAGGUCAUCCACAUCCACAUCCGCAUCCACAUUCUCAAGCUCCCUUCCCUGCGAUGCCGGGUCCGCCACCUUCUCUUCAGCACAACUCGUCGCAACCGCAGUAGCAGCGGCUCGUUAGUGGCGUUAUUCUGUGUUAAAAAAAAUUCGUGUGCGUCAGGUCCAGUUGCAGCCUGUACAGAACUCUCGACGUGGCCAGAGUUUAAAAAAAAACAUAUAUCUUUUUUUCUGGAAAAAACUCCUGCCUUCUUCUCGGCGAAAAAAAGAAAAGAAAAUGAAAAAAAAACGAGGAAUUAUUGCAUUUUAUAUAUAUAACAGAAAAAAAAUAUAUAUAAACGGCAAGAAGAAUGCAUAUAUAUAUAGAUAAAUAAAAAAAAUAUAUAUGUGAGUAUACAUAUGUAAAGCAUAGCAAAAAGGACACUUACUCUUUCCCCUCUAAAAGAAAAAAAAUGCCACCGAGGCCAAAAAAAAAAAAGAUUCUUGUACAUUGAGUUGAAAAUCAGUUUUUUGUGAUGUGUCGGUGGUUUCAUCCCCCCCCCUCUUCAUUGUGUUCCGGCAAGGCGCGAGAGUGUGCAUGCGAGAGAGAAAGAGAGAAAAAAAAAUUGACAUUAAAUGAAAAGUCAAGAGAAAGAAUGUCGUUUUUAAAAAAAAGAAAAAUUAGUGUAAAUUUCGUUGGAAUGUUGAAUCUCGCGUGAUUACCGAACCGGCAUCAAAUGACAAUAAAUAAGUAUUAUUCGUAAAAAAAAUCGAAA